CACAGCCCUCAGCGCACCUGUGGACUCGCGAGUGAAGUUUACAAGCGAGCUCAUUGGUCGCUCAGACGCCAGAGGGGACACACCGCACUCGCUCGCUCCCCUCCCUUACCCUCGCUCCCUUUACCUGCUUCCCUUAUUAGUAGUAGGAUUUUUAUUUAUUUUUUUUUUUACCUUACCUUCGUCCGAGAUUUAUAGUGUCUUGUCUUACCUUACUACCCUUUACCCCCCCAAAAUACAACCCUCCGCAAAGCCCUAUUUGAUUCGUUCACUGUUCAAUACAAGAAGUGCUAAGGGAAGAAGACAGAGAAAGAGAGAAAAGAAAAAGAGUUCUCGUGCACGGCUCGAACGUGGGGGGCGACCCGAUCGGUAUAGCGAAAGCCAGUGCCUGCGAGGGAGAGAGAGAGAGAGGACUUGAGCGGAGGACGAGGAGGACGCAGCUUUUUUCUUGCCUGGGCGUCGAUCGUGGAUGUCGAGUCGACUCUUCACUCCGUCGAACAAGGUGGACGCAGUCAAAGACACCAACGGCACCGCCAUGUCCGUGGAGCCUCAAGGCGGCAAGACCCUGGACCCGAACCGCUAUGCCACCAAGAAGACGGUCGCCCAGGGCAUGCUCGACAUCGCUCUCCUGACGGCCAACGCCUCGCAGCUCAAGUAUGUCCUCAGGAUAGGCGAGAAGCACGAAUUCUACAGCCUUAUGCUCGGCCUUAUCAUCACGUCGCUGAUUCUGCAGGGACUGACGGCGGCGCUGCUGACGGGUUUAUCAGUUAUAAAUAUCAAUGAUCCCUCAAAGCAGAGGCUAGCGGUGACCAUCAAUCACGUGACACUCGGCGUCAUCAUGCUAAUCGCAGCCCUUGACGCCAUAAAGAUGGGUUUCGACUAUGGAUUCCAAGGCCAGAAAGUCGGAGACACGUUCAUCCCCUAACAGCUUAACAGUGCUGGUGGGCGUGAUGUUCCUCAUAAUUGGCGGGAUGGACAUUAACGACCCGAAACAGCACACGGUUGCGGACAUCCUAAACAACGUUAUCCUCCUCUUCGUGUUUCUGAUCUCCGUGGACAAUGUGGUGCUCUCUUCCUUCGGGCUCGAGCAAAUGAACAUUCACCCGCCGGGAACACCGAUUAAUGGCACGAGCAACAAGGAGCUUUGAGGGGAUACGUGGUUUUUCUUUUUUUCUUUUUUUCUUUUUUUUUUUUUUUGGGGGGGGUUGUUCCCUAUUUCAGAGGCUUAUCUCUAUUUUGGAAAAAAAAAAAAUGGAAUGAGUGCGUAGACACAUCUAACCUUGUGAAAUUUCAAUAGGUAGUUGGUUCCUGACAUCGUAAAUGUUUUUUUUUUUCUGUUUUUGUGAUCUGUAUGUUUUAUGGUGUGGCUGAAGCUUAGUAAAUAUAUCUGGAUAGAUAGAUAUACACAACACCUUCGUUACAAAGUUCAAUUUGCUUGAUCUUUCUCUCGGAAAUAAACCCUGAAAUCGUCCCCCGAAAGCCAAAUUUGACCGUUGUGGAAAUACCCAGGCAAGCACACCCAUGAAUAUCCUAGAUCCCACAGAUAUUUAAGACGUCAGGAGCAUUCAUUGUGCACACGACCUCCAACAAGGCUCUACGAUCAAAGUUACAUACACUAACCCUUAGAACAACGGCCACCACACAGCUUCCUAAACCUUGUUCCUCUGUGAUCCUGGCUCGUGCCUCUCUCCCUGUACUUAAAGUUACACAGCGUGUCAAUGUAGAGUAUAUCUAUCACAUUCGGCAUGCGAAACCUUUAAGGAAAAAAGAAAGAAAGAAAGAAACGUAAUUUAAGUGGUGUUGGGACCUAUCUUUCAUAAGCAGUUCAGUCAGUCGUAGUCAAUAUCUCCGAUACUGUCUGUAGCUCGACAGUGGAUGCUCAGUUGGAAUUUUCCUUUUUUUUUUUCUUUUUUUCUUUUUUUUAAAGUAAUGAUGGACUUUCUUGUUCCGAAAUUGGCACUUCAGGAACUGCAUGGCGUUACAGGGAAACGAACGGUGGCUGCUUGUGCAUUUCCUGAAGACAACUCUGAAAGAUUGAUAUAUUGCUUAAAAUUGCACUAUUUCUUAGGAAGUGUUAGUGUCGUUGCUUUAAGUGAUUUCAUGAUGAUUUUCGUUAAUAAGAUAACUGAAUAUAGAUUGGCACUUUCCACGUAUCGUAGAAAGUUUCAAAUUAAGGAUUCUUUUGUGACCAGAAUAUCAAAAAGAAAAUAACACAUAUUAAAAAAAAAAAUCCCGAAAACAAAAUUAAUUCACUUCAAUUUUGUAUGAUUAAGCAAUACAUAAAUAAGCUGUAUGUGGUUUGUAUAGAUACUAAGAAUCUCAUCUUUAUUGUCAUGUCAGAAUUAAAAAUAAUAAUAAUAACUAUUUUAAAGAAAAGCAAUACAUUUUAUUAGCAAUAUAUAUAUAUGUGUGUGUGUGUGAAGACGAAAAAACAAAAUAUAUCGAAAGUCCAGUACCUAUAGAUGGCGCCUCUUUUGUAUUCAAGUAGUCUGGAGUUGAACACUGUUAUGUGCUGUUUUAGGUCUCUUGAUCGCGUUCAAUUAGGUACAUUUCUUCAAGGCUGAUUAAAGAUCCUCCUUUUUCUCCUGUGGGCGUGACCAUAAACGAGAUUUACGUAGCUCGAUUUCCAGACAAAUAUAUAUACAUAUAUAUAUAUACCUUUGGCUUCCGUCAGCAUAACUCCCGUUUCUGUGCUGGUUCUCGAAUCGAAUCUUCUUUUUUGACCUUUUUGCAAUUGUAUGGGCCUAAGCAGCUAUUAGUAAUUGUUCAUAACAAUAGAUUAUUACACGAAUGAUUUCCUUGGAUUAUUAUGAAAUUUGAAUUGCGUGACAAUCAAGGUGUAAAAAAAAAAUAAUAUGAAUGUUCUCUUCCCCCAAACAUUUUUAACCGUGUGAGUUCGAGAGAGCGAGACAACACUCUCAGCUAAAUAUAUGUAAAUGUCGAGAAAAAAAAAAUAGUUGUAGCGAAGCUGUGACGAGACAGAAUGAAUAGCUGAGUUACAGAUGACGAAAUUUAUCCUUUGCCUGGAAGAAAACGGUAUCAUGAUGAGAAAAUGACACUCUUUUAAUAAAAUGAGAAACGAUAAUACUAAUAUGAUGGUUAGCUUUGCCGCUGUGCUUUGCUGUGCUUUGUCAACUUGAUCUCUACGAUUUCCAGGACUUGCGAUUUGUUCAGAAUUGAUUACUCAUUUUCCAGUCUAUUUCUUGUUUCGAGUUACGUACCCACAACAAUCACGUGAAAGGGACUUUUCCAUAUCCCAAAUUCAAUCAUUUUACAUAUCUUUUUGUAUAAUAAACGUAACGAGCAAAGUCCUACUAAAAGGAUACGUAGCGAGUUCUGCUAAUUACUGGUCUUUAUUUAUAUUUGAUUUUUUUUCCAUCAAGUUCGACAGAAGACAGAGACUCGGAAAACGUAUUGAUCAAAAUCGCUCUUUCGGCUCACAAAAGGUUACACUGCUAUCAUCUAGUUGAGUUAAGGUUGCUUGAUAAAACUUUUGAGUACUUUCCUCUUUGUUGACUAUUAUGUACUGUGAUACACUGACCCAAGUACAACACUAAGUGUUAUUUUACAAUCGCAAGUUUGUAUCUAGCAAUAGACAGUAUUUUUAAAUUGUUAAUGUUGUAAAUUCACAAGAAAUUUUGUAAAUGUGCUCGAGGUGAAAGUUAGGUACAUAACAUCUUAUGAAGUUUGUUGGUAAAAAAAAUAUUAAACUUACAAAUUACAGUAACAUAUUUAUACGGACGACUAAUACAGUGAAGUACAUAUCUAUAUUCUAAACCGUAAGUUGGAAACCAAAACAUUUAGCACAAAAUGUUACAUAACUCUUCACCUGACUGAUAUUUUUCCCAACUAUGUACAUACUUAUGGUGUGAUUUCAAAUAAACAAAGAAAGAUUA